CUACUCCACCCAUUUCCAACUCGAGCCGUGGUUGCUACGCCAUAGCCCAACAAUACAGUGCAAUUUCCCUCCCAGGCAAAGCACAAAACCCUGUUUCAGUUGCAAAACCCUAAACCCUUCCUCAGCCAUAGCCAGACCUCAAAUGGCUCUGUUCUCGAUGCUUCGCAGGCAUACCUACUCCGCACUGGCUCUCGCCUCACGCGCUGUCGGAUCAGCAAGGACCUUUCACGGCACAAUCUCCACCGUCCCUACUUUCAGCGGUGAUCACAGCCCGAGAAGCUCUUUUCCAACUCGGCGAUUCUCUACGGCCACCGCCACCGCCACCGCCACCGCCACCGCCACGGAACUGAUCGGCAAUGAAAGCCUGAUCGGAGGCCUGGAGUCUGCGAUCAAGUGUGCCCAAGAGCGUAAAAUCAAAAUUCCCGAGGUCCCAGAUGAGUUUCCUUUUGAAAUAAUAGACAUUCCUGGAGAAAAAACCAUUCUACUGAAAAGACAAUUCCAAGUCGAAACCAUCCAAGUGGGUGUUGAUGCUCCUCAUGUUUUUCCUGCGGACGAAGACAGCGACGAGUACGAGAAUGACGACCCUGGCAUUCCAAUGGUUGUGAGUAUUUCCAAAGAAAAUGGGAUGCAAUUGGAGUUUGGUGUCACUGGUUUUGAAGAAGAGGUUUCGAUUGAUAGCUUAUCGAUCGUCCAUCCCGAUCAUUCUCCAGAACAGUUUCCGCAUGAUGGGCCUGAAUUUCAUGAGUUGGAUGAGGGCUUGCAGAAUGCUUUUUACAAGUAUCUCGAGGCUCGAGGGAUCCAGUGCAGUAUGACUAUCUUCUUGACUGAUUACAUGAGGAAGAAAGACAACAAAGAGUACCUGCUUUGGUUGAAGAACCUCAAGGGUUAUAUUGAGCAGUGAGCAAAACACAGCUGUUUUUCAAUGGUGGGGGAAGGGUAGUGAGGUUGUGCCUCCUUUUGACCAUUCGUUGUCUGGAGCUGUAUUAGUUUGAGAACAACAUAUUAUUUAUACUAGCAGUAAAAUAACCAGUUUAGGUAUAGUAAAUUGGAACCAUGAAGCAUUGUAAGACAAUGCUUAAUUAUUUUGAGAUCCCUGUUAGGGCCUAUAUAGUUUAGAACUAGUUCAAAUAUUGUCUACUUCUAAUGAUUAAUUAGUGUGGAUGGUGUUUUCCCCCUUUUUAAGAAUAUUAACGCUACAGUUCCAUUUCUUGGUAUGAUAUGAUUUGGAAUCUUCCUGAA